AUGCUGUAUGAGGAGAAAGGAAAGGAAAAGGCUCAGAUGCAUGCAGUUUUGUCCUGUCUGGCUCGUAGAUUGAAAUUACUUUCUCAAACUGCCAUUCAUUCUUUGGAUAAAAAAGACUUCAAAGCAGAAGUUUUUGGAAAACUGAAGAGGUUUGAAAAUUUUUCGGUUAGUGAAUCGAGUGCGUGGAGGCGAUCCGCUUUGGAAGAUGACGGAGGGUCAUCAGCAGUGAUGGUAUUAGCCUUGUGGAUCAAAGUAUAA